AUGAUGGGCAAAUUCGACGCUCCUGACGCUUAUUAUCCUCUCCCUCCUCUUGAUGAGGUACCGGAUGACGAUAGUGACAAGCCGAAGGAGGCGGACAAGCUUCCUACAACACCCAGUGGCUUCCCUUCAAUCAUCUUUGGCGCCGCCUCGUUUUCUCACUUCUAUAACGAACGCGACCAUAUUUCCGGAGUAACACCCCUGCGCGCUACCAGACUGGCUCUGCGCUAUGGCAUCAAUGCAUUCGAUACUUCGCCAUACUAUGGGGAUUCCGAGAUUAUUCUUGGGAACGCUCUUAAAGCUCUCGAGCAGGAAUUUCCUCGCGAUUCGUAUACGUUGAUAACAAAGGUCGGCCGCUAUGCUACCGAAUUCGACUAUACCCCUGAGGGCAUCGAGAGUAGUAUUGCACGCAGUCUUCGGCGUAUGCAUACGGACUACCUCGACGUCGUAUACCUGCAUGAUGUCGAAUUUGUUGCAGACGAGAAGCUCUCUAAAAGAGAGGGAGACCACGUUACUGCCCUGGGCAGUGAGAGGGAACUAUAUGGGUUGAAUGAGGGUCAGGAGGGCGAAACAUAUACGGAGAAGGAUCACAAGAUUUUGUCUGCUGUCGAGAAGCUUUUCGAGCUGCGAGAUGGUAGAGGCGUCAUCAGGCGCGUCGGGAUUAGCGGCUUCCCGCUCCCAACCCUCCUGCGGCUCGCUAUCCUCAUCCAGAAACGCCUCGGGAAGCCAUUGGACCUCGUGAUGUCCUACUGCCACUUGACCCUGCAGAACAGCACCAUCGAGCAGUUCAAGCCCGCAUUCGAAUCACGCGCGAGAGUGAAGCAAGUCAUCAGCGCCUCACCGUUGAGCAUGGGUCUCCUGCGACCUGACUCCCCAAAGUGGCACCCUGCGUCGCCCGCGGUCAAGGAUGCGGCGAAGAGCGCUGUGCAACUCUGCGAGGAGUGGGACGCGUCUGGGGCUGGUCUUCCCAACCUGGCGCUGCAGUAUGCAUUUGCGCGUACGAGAGAGGUAGGGAUGCCUAUUGUGGUGGGGCUCAGCACUCUUGAAGAUGUCCAUGCGAGUGCGAAGGUUUGGCGUGAGGUAGAUGUUGAGGGGUUGGCGACGAAAGAGGAGUGGGUUGCUCGGGUUAAGCGCGUGCAGGACUUGUUCAGGGAUGCGCAGGUUAUGGACUACUCCUGGGCGACGCCUGCUCUUUGA